AUGAAGUUGGUUGUAAAAUCUAUACAAAUAUAUAUACCUUAUGAACUUUCACAUUUAACUGCAAUUAUAAAAUUAAUUAAAAUUGUAAUUAAUCAUUUAAGUCAACCAAAUAAUUUAACAACUAUAAGAGAUAUUUAUUAUCAAGAUGUUGAAAUUUUCAACAAGAAACAACAAGAAUGUAAAAAAUUAUUAAUUGAUGUAUUUGAAGAUUCAUUAAAUUGGUCAUUAAUUAAUGAUUUAAAUAUACAUCCAACUCAAAAAGGAUUAUUUUUUGAUAGUUUUAGUAAUGAACCAAUGCUAAUUCCAAUUAAUUUUGAAAAUUAUUUUGAAAAUAAAAAAUUUUGUAUUAAUGAUUUAAAAAUUGUGGUUGUUGAAAAAGAUGCUGUUUUCCAUUCAUUUUGUCAAUUUCUUAAUCUUAAUUCUAAUAGUGUCAAGGAAUUAAAUUAUAUUAUAAUUACUGCCAAGGGAUUUGCUGAUAAAUUGACACUUAGAUUCUUGUCAUUUUUAAAUUCAACUUAUAAACCAAUUGCAAUUUAUGGUUUCUUUGAUUCUGAUGUAUAUGGUAUAAUGAUUUAUAAACAAUUUAAUGAAAAUUGUGGAAAUAGUAACUUAAAUUUUAAUGGUAUAUUUUUAUUUGACACUAAUCCUAUUAGUUGGUUGAAUAUAACCAAUAGAGAUUUUAAAAUAAUGAGUAAAAUGUCAAAUGACAUAAAUUCAUCAACUCAUAGAGAGUUAUCAAGAGGUAUGUUUUUCCAUAAAAAAGUUGAAAUGAAUGUUGUUUCAAAUAAAGAUGGUAAAGAUGAAACAACAAAUUAUAAUCAAUAUAUUUUUAAUAAAACCUUUAAAUAA